AUGAAGCCGCGCCAGACCAAAGCCAAGCCAGAAUCAUCCGCACUUCAAGACAACCAAGUCGGAGGCGGAACUCACCCGGCCGCCCCCUCACCCAUCACGCCCACGACCACGCCCACCACGCCCACCACGCCCACCACGCCCUCAGAGCUCACCGAGGAGUCGAUGGUGCGUCUCCUGGCGAAGCACGGCGCCCUUCUGGAUACGCAGGACAAGUACGGCCAGACGCCCUUGCAUUUCGCCUCCAUGACGGGGAACUUGGCGGCGGCGAGGGACCUUGUCAAGUGCGGAGCCGUGGUGGAGAUCGAGGACAACCAGCAAAUGACGCCCAUCAUCGUCGCGGCCACGUACGGAUACGCAGACAUCGUUCGUUUACUUCUCGUCCAAGCCAAAGCCAACAUCAGACACGCGGACUCAUCCAAACAAAACGCUUUGCACAGAGCAGCGAAAGGAGGACAUUUGGAAAUCGUGAAGAUGAUGAUCCAGACUGCUAAGACAAUGAAGAAUUUCCAGAGUUUCUUAGACGCUCGAGACGCCAAGAAGAAAACGUCCUUGUAUCAUGCAGCGAGCAAUGGUCAUGCAGAGGUCGUGGCCCUACUACUUGCCGAAGGAGCGGAUGUAGACGCCGACAACGUGACAUUAGCCACGCCCCUUCACGCCGCAGCCAGCGUGGGUAACGUGUUGGUGAUCUCGAUGCUGCUGGAGUACAACGCCCAACUCGACGCCGCCGAUCUCUACCAGCGCACGCCCCUGAUGUACGCGGCGGGCGGCGACCACACGGAGGCCAUUGCGACGCUGGUGUCCAGGGGCGCCAGCAUGGAUGCCAGGGACUUAAACCGGUCGACGCCCCUGCUGAUCGCGGCGCAGAGCGGGCACGCGGCGGCCGUGCAGGCACUCCUCGACCUGGGUGCCAACGAGAGGGCCAUGGACAAGCUGGACAAGACGGCGCUCUACCUCAGUGCCGAACAUGGCAAGCUGGAGGCUCUGCAGGUGCUGACGGAGAGCGAGCGAGGACGCGACCUUCUGAACAUCACCGACUGCUACGGGCGCCCUCCCCUCCACGUGGCGGUGUCCUGCGGCAACAUGGCGGUGCUGGAGAUGCUGCUGAGGUCGGGGGCGGAAAUCUACAAGAAGAAUGAGGAGCAGGACACCAUUCUUCAUUUGGCUGCGAGGAAGGGACACACCAGCAUCGUCCGCGAACUCGUAGUGGAAUGUCGGACUAUGCUUGACGCCGAGAAUGAGGACCUAGACACGCCCCUUCACCUCGCCUGCAAAUUCGGACACGAGGAGGUGGUCAAGGUGCUGCUCGCAUCAGGUUCCGACGUAGGUGACACCAACGCCGCCUGUGCUACUCCCUUGCACCUGGCCGCGGAGAAGGGACACACCGAGUGCUGCAGGAUGCUGUUGCAACACGGGGCGCAUAUUGAUUGCUUUAAUAAGGACAACAAAACCCCCCUCCUCCUAGCGGUGUUGGGGAGCCACGUGGGAGUCACUCGCCUCCUCCUCGACCACGGAGCAUCCCUCAGAUCCCGAGAUGCGUCGGAGAUGAACGCCUUGGAGAUCGCCAUAGAAAACGGGUUGAAGGACGUGGUCCUCAGCAUCAUCCGAUCCCCAGCGUGGGAGGACGGGCUGAGGAAGGUGUACGAGGACCCGGAUGGACACAGAGCAACGCCCUUCAGGAAACUUAUCGAGAAAAUGCCUGGGGUCGCUGAAGAAGUGCUGGACAGGUGCAUCAAAACCACCAAGACAUCCCUCGACGAAAAGAAAAUUCAAGAAGAAGUCAAUUUUGAAUUUCUCGACGACACCUACCAGCUGCACACCGGUCCCUCCCAAUUCGACUCCCGCGGGAGACUGGUAUCGAGCGCUCGACCUUACACUACGAAUGCCCGGGUCCUCACCAAUAACCAUCCGCUGAUGCUUAUGGUUGUGUACUUAAGAACGAACCUGUUGGCUCAUCCUGUGUGCGUUCAUCUCAUCAAACAGAAGUGGUAUAAUUAUGGCAGUGUACAACAGUUUGUGUACUAUGGCAACCUGUUCCUUUACCUCACCUUCGUCACGUGCCUCACCGGUUACGUCAUCUCUGUCAGGGAUCUGAACUGGGUGACGGGAGGCAACAUGACCGAUUUGCUGAGAGACGCCGGUCGGUGCCGCGAAGUGGACUGGGAGAGCGACUUCCGGCUGACUCUCCUGAAGGCGUGCAAGGGCAUCAUAAUUGCCCUCGCGGUGGUCGAGAUGCUGAAGGAGGUGUCUCAGAUCUAUCAGGCGCGGUUGGCCUACCUCACCUUCGAAAACCUCCUGGAGUGGAUCUGCUACGUGACGGCCGUCGUCUUCGUUUUGGAUUUCGCUGACUGCCCCAUCAAACAGGAUUGGCAGUGGCAAGUCGGAGCGACGUCCAUAUUUCUCGCCUGGAUUAACUUCCUUCUGUUCAUCCGUGUGUUCCCGUUCUUUGGCAUCUACGUCAUCAUGUUCACCGAAGUGUUCACGACGUUCAGCAGCUUCUUCGUGGUGUUCUUCCUGUUCAUUAUCGCCUUUGCGCUGGGGUUCUAUACUGUGUUAGGGACGCAGUUUGCCUUCCGAAGUCCCUCCCAUUCCCUCCUCAGGACGUUCGUGAUGAUGAUCGGCGAGAUUAAUUUCGUGGAGGUCUUCAGCAACAACGAUGACCCUCUUGAGUAUCCCCAAGUGACCUACGCCCUCGUCAUCGCCUUCCUGGUCAUCAUGUCCAUCCUCAUCAUGAAUCUGCUGGUGGGUCUGGCCGUCGACGACAUCAAGGCCGUACAGGAGCAGGCCAUGUUGCAGAAGCUGGCUAUGCAAACCAAGCUGCUGAUGGAAGUCGAGAUGGUGAUCCCCGACCGAGUGCGCCGGAAGUACGUCGUGAGCAAACUCGAGGUGACCGGCACAAGGAGAAGUCUCCUGUCCUGGGUUUUGGGCAAGAUCACCCUCAGCGAAGCCAAGGAGGUCGACGAAAUGGAGACCCUCCGGAGAGAAGUCCUCAGCCUCAACUCAGCCAUGAACGACCUGGGCGAGAUGAAAGCCAUGCUGACUGAUAUGGCUGAGCUGAAGUCUGCUGUGAAGGACGUGGGGGAACUGAAGACACAGGUGGCCGAGGUUCUGAACCAUAUGCAUCCUCAGACUAAGAGAACCAAGUCGAUUUUCAGGAUAUUUUGA